GUGGGCAUGUUUAAUCUUUUUGGCGACGUCGUAAUGCAACGAAAUUCUGUCCCUUAGCACGAUAUAUCAGAGAAAAUGGCGAUGAAGACGGUUUUCCUUCUAAUGUGGAUUGUUCGAUCCGCGUUCAGCUUCUUUCCCACACAGGAAAGCGGCAAACUGGGAGACUACAGCCACCAAAGUAUCACUGAGCGCGCCCUCUAUGAAUCUGCGGGGUCUUUUAUCCAAAAGUAUGUUAACGCGGGCACGGGGACAGCAAGGUAUGCGUCAAGGAGCGCCAUCGACGUGACUGGGGAAUUCUUUAGAGGAGACAGGUCAUCAGAGGCGGUGUUUGGUACAGUGGUGGAAACCAUUGUAUGGGGCAACAACAACGCACAGCGGACGUACGCCGCCGUCGCCAUGAGAACCAUGAACGCGGAAAUGAUUUUUGCAGGCAACCUCCUCCUGCAGUCCCAGAGAGACCAGAUCAUUGUUCUCUCCCAGUCCCCCACCCCCGACUGGAACAACAUCAGGAAACUGAUUGGGGAGUACCUGUUUACUAUGCAGAUGUUCUAUUCCAAUACCAACUGGAUAGAGACUCACGGAAACGUCACGAGCAGCGAGCUUGGGAUUCGAGGAAGGACCCUGAUGUCGACAGCACCACCUGGCGUCUCAACUUGUGCGGGUUGUCCCUACUCACACCCACUAAUAGACAAGCACUCUUGCCAGAAUAAUAUCCUAGUUAAUGGCCAGUACCUUACAAGUGGAUAUCUCAGUUCUCAAGGCAUCCCAAAGCCCAAAGGGAACGACACGGCAGGGUACGGUAAGUGUAGUCACGGCGGAAAGAAUGACGACUACUCCUCAGUGAACGCUAUAGGAGGAAUCAACAAAGAAACAUCGGACUCCAACCUGUCUCCUCACUUCUAUCUGCACGCCAUGGCGGGAGAGGUCGCGGUGGAUGCAACCGCCCAGUUCUUUGUCGGUGAAGUGACUGGACUUCUUGAUCAAAUUGGACCCCGACUAUUUGGAGAACUUAUCGGACUACCAGUGGCGUGUAAAGACUGCUUGAAACCCGGGUUAUCACUUGCUUACGUCAUCGACACGUCAUUGUCAAUGUCAACCGACUUUCAGCAAAUUCAAACGAAAGUAGCCGAGACAAUCCAGUCCGCUUUACGGGAAAACCAAUCAACGCCAUCAGAUUUCAUCCUGUCUACGUUUAGUGAUCCAGUAUCGCUGAACACUAUCAGGAAUACCACUGAUGGCUAUGAGAUGAUGAGUUGGAUAAGGGAAAUGAAACAAGAAGGGGGAGGUGACUGUCCUGAAUAUUCUUUCAAUGGCUUACUUGCAGCCCUGAAGAUAAUUCGACCAGAUUCUUGUUUGUUUUUCUACUCUGAUGCUGACCCAAAAGAUCCCGAAUUGGAGCGAGUGGUUUUACAGAUAGCUGCUCAGAAGAAUAUUCAUAUUGCAUUCCUCAUCAAGGGCACUUGUAAUACCGGUCUUCCGUUCCUUGACCGACUGGAGAAUGCCACAAAAGCCACAUGUCUGAAGCAAAGUCUGGACAAAGGAAGAAGAAAAAGACAUGCUGAUGAAACGGUUAUUCACCAGCCGUGGAACAAGCUGUACUCUUUUGGGGAGCCCAAGCAGGACCGUGGUUCGAUUCUUUCUGUCCUACCUGUCGUCUCUGCUGGAGCCAUUGUCAUUGUCCUGGUGGUGGCCAUGAUUUUACGUAACAGGUCAAAGGUCUCAAGAUACGACUGAUAACAAACAACCACAAUGACAGGCUAACUAAACAACUAGUGUAGUCUGCAGUAUUUGUAAUAUGACGCUGAAACUGGACAGAUGGGUGCAGAGCAUUCAUACAGUAUCUAUAUUGUGUUUAUUUUUCAACUGUUAAACAGUGCUUUUAAUUCAACGUUCUGUGUUGGAUACAAUAGUAUUUUGAAUCGAUAUUUUGCAUGCCUUUGACAGUUGAAUGAAUUUCAAUAUGAAAUAUUACAUAUUUUGGACGACACGCACUUGUUUAUGCGUUGAUUACAUCUGUUAAUUGGAGUGUAACCCAUUUUAUUAUAAUAUUGCGUAAACAAAAAUGGAACUUCAAAAUCACACCACCUCCAAUAUUAUUUUCGAUUUGAAUAAAAAUGUUAGACAUGGUGAGUAACGAAUGUUCAGAAAACGAGUUUGAAAAGCAUAUUUUGGCCAGACCCUUCUGCUCACUUUGCUGAACUAAAAUCAAUUGAGUAAAAUGUUCAAAAAGUAAAACUUUUUAUUUUCAUUGAAAAACAAUUUAUGACCCAUCAAAAACAAUUACACUUUAUUCGCACAUGCACGUACAUGUAUUUUGUUCACCUGAAAGACCGCACUUGUGACGGAUGGAACUGCUUUAGGUAUGAUUGCGGUUUACAAAAAUGCUAUUCUCAUCUGACGCCAUUUAAGGAUGAGGGUGACCCUUGUUGUCUAUUGUUUCGCAAUAUUUUAUGGAUUCUGGGCUCCGCACACCGGAUAUAACUAAAAGUGCCUGUCAAACCACCAAGGGAGUUAAUAAUGCUUUGAAAAACUAAACGAGUUUAUUUUCUUCAAUCAGUUGCCAAUAACGAGUACACAGCUUAAUUCACAGAAUUGCAUUGCAGCUUCAAAGCAUUUUUCCUUGUAUAUCGAAUUUUAAUCAACAAAACAGUCUUCAAUGAUAAUUUCUUCAUUAAAAAUGGAUUACUGCAAGUUUGGUGAUACUGUGAAAUAUUUUUAAUUCAUGGGGGCCAAUAUUCGUCGGUCAGCUGGUUCGUGGGGACGUAAAUUCGUGGAUAAGCGAUGCAAUGUCACUAGGAGAGAUAUCUCUAAUUAUUUUAAAACAUGUUCGAGGACAUUUAAAUUCGUGAGUAAGAGUGGCCUACGAAAUCCACGAACAUCAAUCCCCCACGAACAAUGAUUAUUCCACGGUACUUUAAAACUUUUUGACAGAUAGUAAAAUGGUCCGUUUUACUUGUUGAGUCUCUAUUUUCAUUACAGCACUCUUUGCACGGUUAAGACUUUCACAACUUUUAAAGACGAAUGCUUUGCUGCUUGUUGUUGAGUAAUUAAAUUUUCACCAAGAAUG